UUUUUCGGUAUAUGAAGCUGAAGCUAUGAAGCUCCAAAAUUUCCAGCAAUGUUACUAAACCUACUUGCCAUUUUCACUGCUUUUGCAACAACCCAAGCUUCAACUGAUCGCAACUGUGGAAGUAACUGGAAUAACCUUUGGCUAGACAUCGUUAUAGUCGUGGAUAACUCGAAAGGCAUGACAAACGAAGGAAUCACAGAAGUUGCAGCCAAUAUUGCGACCACAUUUGCAAGUGGCCCAAGAAUUGGAACGGACUAUUCUGAUCCAAGAUCUACCAGGCUUAGCAUACUCACUUAUAAUAGUGAGGCUACAGUUGUCGCUGACUUGAAUCAGUUUCAGUCGGCCGAUGACGUCUAUCAGACGCUUUUCUCGUUUCUCAAUGAGGUCAGUGACUCUGAUGAUUCGUUCCUGGCGAAAGGGCUUGGGAUGGCUGAGAGUGUUCUUUACAAUGGAAGGAUGAAUGGAGUUAGAGAGAAUUAUAAUCGAUUGGUUGUGGUUUAUGCUUCAGCUUACAGAGAAGAUGGAGAAGACCCCCUAAACAUUGCAAAACGUCUGAGAUCAUCUGGAGUAGCGAUCGCAACCGUCGCUUUUGACCCAGAUGGAGAUGGGCUCCUACUGAGCAAGCUCUCAAAAAUCGCAUCACCAAAUAUGUCAUUCAAGUCUAGAGAUCCCAAUUUGGUCGGCAAAAUUCAGGCAGCCGCUCUUCAGACAAACUGUUUCUGUCCAAGAACUUGGAUUCAAUACAGGCCAAGCUAUGACGACGAGAAGUCUUAUAAAUUUGGAAUUUGCAUCCGAGCCGAAACUAUAACUGCAUCAUGGGCAAGUGCAAAGAUCGCUUGCCAGAAUAGCAUUAAAUAUGGUUACCUUGUAACCGAGUUUGAUGAUCGGAAGCAUGAUUUUUUGUUCAGAAUAGCUCUGAACAAUGCUGAAUUCACUGAACCUUACGCUUAUCACACCGGGUUGAGCUAUGUCAACGGAGCAUGGAGAUGGCAGCAGCCAGAAGGACACCCACUCAUUUUGCAAAAUGGAAGUUACUCGCAUUGGAAUCCAACAUAUCCGAACACCCCAUUCACCAACACCGUUGUCGUUAAUCAUCAGCAUAACUCGAAUCUAGACGUCGGAUGGCAAAACAUCAAUGGAUACCGAGAAAAUGAGAAUUAUAUGUGUGAAGUUGCAUCAUGUGAUACUGAUAAAUAUUGUGAUUGAAUUUAUUGUACAUAUAUGUAUGUAUUUUGAAUUAGUU